CCUCGCGUGAUCUCAAGUAAACAAGAAUGCGGAGAUAGUCCCAACCCUCCCUGCUCUUCCGCCAGAAAGUGAGUGAAAGGGAGAACUUGUCACCCAGGGCAAGAAAGACGCUUGGACUGCUAGCGGCUCUUGCUCCCUGGGAAGGUCCUGUUGUUGUGACAUCUCUCCAGUUUAGUCACGGAUCGUGUACAGACCAGCCAAAGGCCCCUGACCCCCGCCUUUUCUUCCUUCUGCCUUCAGUUGCAAGCAUGAAGCCCAGAUGGCUGUGGCUGGUCCUUCUCCUCCAUAUCCUGUUUUCCUCAGUGCAGUUGUGUGAAAUCCCUGGAGGAAACUUGCACCACAUCAAUACAUUGAAUGCAGAUCUCUUGAAACUGACUCAGGAUGACUCCACAGAGCCAAACCCCAGCAUCUAUCUGGCCCUCCGUCUUUCUGAUGACCACAACCUGGAGACUGAGCGCUACUACCUCGAGCGGCUGAAGAAUGUCUAUCAGCCCAAUGCCAGCAGUUCUCUGGUGGCAGCCACAUACCAGGAGCAGCCUGGCACGGGCCACUUGGCUCUGUACCUCCUGGCACUGCGAGUCGCAUGCUACAAUAUGGAGACGGUGGAAGCGAACCGUCUGGUCACUCAGCUGAAGCUUCACUUGCACAAAGAAAAGGAGAAAAUAGGACCUGAGGGCCACGGCUGGCCCAUCACCAACUAUUACCAAUACAGCUUGGGGGUCUUGGCCAUGUGUGUCCAUGGGAAGAUGAUUGAUCAGCAUGUGAUCCGCAAGCUCUUGCAUGCUGAAGAGGACGGCAGGUUCAGGGGCAAGAACAAGCUCUCUGUGGACACAGAGGCUAUGGCAGGGCUGGCUUUUGCCUGCUUGCAACAGGCCACCAUCUACACACCUGACCUCAUGGCAAAGCUGAACCGGUCUGUUGAGAAAGUGAAAAAGAAGAUCUUGCAGGCUCAGACCCCUGAGGGGGCUUUUGGGAACAUCUACAGCAGUCCUCUGGCGGUGCAGUUUCUUCUUGCCACCGGGAUGAGUCAGAAGAAGCCUGAGUGCCCCAAGGGGAUGGCUGCCCUCCUUCAGCAUCUGGAGCACCAAGACUUCCAGAACAUCCUCUUCAAAUCCCAGCUGCUGCCAGUGCUGUAUGGCAAGAGCUAUCUGGACAUUGCCAGCAUGGAGUGCCACACAGAGAGAAAUGGUUUGGUUAUCAGCACUCCAUCCCCCACUUUGGCCGGGACCACGAGGCGAAGAAAAAGGAUUGCCGUCCAGCUGAUUGUGAAGCACCCACCACACAGUCUGCCCUUGUACAGACGGGUCCUCAGUGUGCCCCAGGGUUCCUCUCUGCUGGAUGUACUGAAAGAGGCAGCAAAGCAGGCCCUGUCGCCUCUCUUGUUUGAAACCCAGGAUACCUUCUCUGGCCCGCUACUUACUGCCAUGAUGGGGGUGAAACCUCAGGAAGGCGAGCGCAAGUACUGGGAGAUCCUCCGGACCCCUAGCACUAUCCUGGAGCAAGGGAUCGCUGACUACAUCCCCCAGGAUAAAGAAACCAUCAUCUUCAAAUUUAGUCCUUGGUAGAGACUCGGUUGGCAGUGCCCUCUCUUCACUGACUGCAGGAACAUGCGUUGCGUCAAUGCUGGAGAGCUGCCAAGUGUCUAUCUCUGAAGUGGCCUUCUCUCUCUCAAUGAGGCCUGGAACCUGGAUCUUUGAAGAUAAAAGCAGAGCUCUUUCCUUCUGGACACAAAGAGGAGUUGUUUUCUCAAAGAAGGCAUUUCCUGUGAACGCUUGGCUCUAAUCAAACUGGUGGCUUGAACUCGGCUCCAAGUGAAAGGAUGCCACCCCCGGCAAGGGAGACAGACCUACCAACCAGUUUUGUGAAUGAGCCUUGUUUCAAGACACUUUGCAAUCCUGGCUGAGGCCACCUUCACAAUUCGAGUGGGGCCUUCUUGCCUGCCUCACAGGGCUUCAUGCAACACUGGGCUGUACCUGUUUGGGUCUUGGAAGAUAUCCUGGGGCAUGCCUUCUAAACACAUGCCAGUUCAUGGCUACUCCUCAAACCAUGCCAUUCAAAGAGACCCAGUGAGCUGCUUAUGCACUUGGGAGGGAUAACCUCACAGCACUGAUGCCAAGCCUUGAAACAUACCCACAGAAAUACAGUUAUGAGUUGCUGCCUGUAGAAUUGCAAGGAUGAGAUAAUAAGAGAUUUGAAAACCUAUCAAUAAAGAGUGAUUUCUUUUC